AAGAGCUACAGCCAACCGUACGGCUAUAACAACUAAGACGGCAAAUUCUCGUGCCUUCGUGGUUCUGCAGCCCGCGUGGUCUGUUGGAAUGACGCAAUAUAAACCUCCCACGCGGCUUUAGAACCACGAAGACACUCGAAUCUGCCGUCUUACCUAUACUAGUUGCCUCACGCUAACGAGCUCGCAAUUAUACCAGUGCAUCGGGUGUGUGAAGUCACAGUGAUGGACGCGGUUGUGUUGGUUAACUAUAAGAAACAGGAAGAUGAUGAACUGAAUUUGGAGGUUGGAGAUCUCAUCACCGAUGUCACACGGCCGGAUGAUGAUGAUGAUGGCUGGUGUGAGGGGACCAAGAACGGAGAGAGAGGGAUGUUUCUUGACAUGUAUGUGGAGUUUAAGCAAGUCAGAGAAAGAGUGUUACUGGAUUCAGGAGUGAUUAUGCCAGUAUACGAGAGUGAGUCAGAAGAAGACGAAGAAGCUGGAGUGUAUUAAAGUCAAGUUUUGCAAAGGAACUGGAGAAAAACUUUUGCUAGAUUCGUUAUUGCUAGUACAGAAGGAUGUUUGUGUUUGUUAUUUAUGUGCUGGUGUAAUAAACCUUUUUGAACCUU